UCUGGCUGGCGGCGCGGCGCGGCGCGGCCUGGCGGGGCCCGGGAGCCCCGAGACCCCCGAGACCCCCAUUCCCCGCACAGCCUGGACCAGUCGUCCCAGGGAGGAUCUCUCCGGAGUGGUGAGGAAAGACAAGAGCGGGACCCCGAGCGACGACCCCGCCGAGAAGCGGCCCCCGGAGCCGGACGAUGGCCGCCGAGGCCCCGGGAGGGGCUGCGGCCCCGAGCCCUCCGGCCCAGGCCCCGCGGGACGAGGAAGAGGAGGUGGAGGAGGCCUCGGCCGGGACCCUGGAGGAGAACUCCCGGGAGCGGGAAGCGGACGCGCCCGGGGACACCCCCGGGCCGGGCGUCAGGCCCCGGGAGUCUCUGGGCCGCCUCCGGGAGCUGUGCCGCAGCUGGCUGAGCCCCGAGGGGCGCUCCAAGGAGCAGAUCCUGACGGUCCUCCCCGGGGAGAUUCGGGCCUGGCUGCGGGAACGUCGCCCGGAGAGCAGCGAGGAGGCGGUCGCCCUGGUGGAGGAUUUGACCCGGACCCUCCGGGAGAGCGCUCUGUCAGCUUCCCGGCGCCCGGCCCGGCCCACCCGAGAGAAAAGUGAAGACCGAGCGGAGGCGGCGACACCGUGCCCCACGGCCCGGUCUCCGGGGCCGGUGGCGCUCGGGGACAGCGGCGAUCGCCUCUCGCGGGAGGAGCGGGGGCGCCCGGAGCCCACGCGGGAAGACGCCCACGGGGAAGCCGCCGCGUCCGAGAAUCGUGGCAGCCAGGACGCGCCAGGUCCGGCGGUCCCGGGGGACGAGGACGCCGAGGAGGAUCGCGGCCCGGAAGGGCCGGAGGCCGGGGGAGCGUCCGGGCGUCGGGAGCGGGGCCGAGCCGGCGGGGCCGCGCGGAGCGGGGCCGGCGCGGGCCCCUCGCGGGAGCCGGGCCGCUUCAUCGGCCUCCGGGGGACCUACGUGGGCGAGAAGCCCUACGAGUGCCCGCAGUGCGGCAAGAGCUUCAGCCGCAAGUCCCACCUGGUGACCCACGGGCGCACGCACACGGGCGAGAAGCACUACAAGUGCCCCGAGUGCGGCAAGAGCUUCAGCGACGGCUCCAACUUCAGCCGGCACCAGACGACCCACACGGGCGAGAAGCCCUACGCCUGCCGGGACUGCGGCAAGAGCUUCAGCCGCAGCGCCAACCUGGUGACCCACCGGCGGAUCCACACGGGCGAGAAGCCCUACCGCUGCCCCGACUGCGGCAAGACCUUCAGCCGCAGCCCCAACCUCAUCGCCCACCGGCGCACGCACACGGGCGAGAAGCCCUACCGCUGCGCCCAGUGCGGCAAGAGCUUCGGCAACCGGUCCAGCCUCAACACGCACCGGGGCAUCCACACGGGCGAGAAGCCCUACGAGUGCCCCACCUGCGGCGAGAGCUUCGGCUACAACUCCAACCUCAUCCGCCACCAGCGGGUCCACACGGGCGAGAAGCCCUACCGCUGCCCCGACUGCGGCCAGCGCUUCAGCCAGAGCUCGGCCCUCAUCACCCACCGCCGCACCCACACGGGCGAGCGGCCCUACCGCUGCGCCCAGUGCGGCAAGACCUUCAGCCGCAGCUCCAACCUGGCCACCCACCGCCGCACCCACCUGGCCGACAAGCCCUACAAGUGCGCCCGCUGCGGCAAGGGCUUCUCGCAGAGCUCCAGCCUCCUCGCCCACCAGGGCGCCCACACGGGCGAGAAGCCCUACGAGUGCCCCACCUGCGGCGAGACCUUCGGCUGGAGCUCCAACCUGCUCAAGCACCGGCGGGUCCACACGGGCGAGAAGCCCCACCGCUGCCCCGACUGCGGCCGGGCCUUCGCCCAGCGCUCCCAGCUGGCCGCCCACCGGCGCACCCACACCGGCGAGAAGCCCCACCGCUGCCCGCUCUGCGGCAAGAGCUUCAGCCGCGGCUCCGUCCUGGUCAUGCACCAGCGGGCCCACCUCGGGGACAAGCCCUACCGCUGCCCCGACUGCGGCAAGGGCUUCAGCUGGAACUCCGUCCUCAUCGUCCACCAGCGCACCCACACCGGCGAGCGGCCCUACCGCUGCCCCGACUGCGGCAAGGCCUUCGGCAACAGCUCCAACUACAUCACCCACCGCCGGACCCACCCGCGGGCCGAGCUCGGCUGAGGGCGCGCCCGGCUCCUCGCGCCCCCUCUCUGGGCCGCGGUCCCGCCCCGCCCCCCGGCUCCCGCGGGACGGGGAGGGCCGAGACGGG